AUGCAGACGACGACGAUCAGCGAGGGCCAUACGGACUUGCAUCAUUCGACAUUUGACCCCCAUCACAAUCUCAAAGAGAGCGACAAACACAACGAACGAAUUGAAGUGCGAGUGGGGUCGUCUGCAAGUGAUUCAAGAGCAGUAUCUAUCUCUGACCUGAAAUCCCAAACGAAACGUCAGCGGCUGCGCGCACGAGUGCAAUUUGCGACAAUCUGUGGGUCAAUGUACCUGGCCGGAUGGAAUGAUGGGACAACUGGUCCAUUGCUCCCUCGGAUACAGAAAGUGUAUGGCUUGAAUUUCAUUGUCGUAUCCCUGAUAUUCGUGUUCGCAUGUGUUGGUUUCCUAUCUGGAGCAUUCGCAAAUCUAUAUCUAGACGGCAGAUUCGGUUUUGGAAAGGCAAGAACUGCGUGUCAGGUUAUAGCAUACGCCAUAGAGGCGGGUGCUUUGCCAUUUCCUGCAUUCGUACUAGGUUAUGCCAUGAAUGGCUUUGGAUUGGCUCUUCAGUUCACACAAUCAAAUGGUUUUGUGGCCAGUCUCAAGGAUAAACCCGAGGUGAAAAUGGGGAUCCUCCAUGCGGUAAGUGCUGGUGCUUUGUCGUCCCCUUUGGCAGCAACACAAUUUGCUCAGCUUCCGCAUUGGUCAUUUCACUACCUGUGCAGCCUUGGUAUUGCGUUCAUGAACACUGUAUUUUUGAUUGCAGUCUUUGGAUUGAAAGCACAGGAUGAGUGCCUCGCUCAGAUUGGACAGCCAGCAGGCGAAAAGGGAACGAGUGAACAAAGCCAGUUCAGCCAGAUAUUGCGGCUCAGAGAAGUGCACCUCCUCGCCUUCUUCAUUCUGAUAUAUGUAGGAGUGGAGGUCACUGUGGGCGGCUGGAUGGUGACAUACAUAAUCGACGUGCGCGGCGGAGGUCCAAGUUCGGGAUAUAUAUCAUCAGGGUUUUUCGGAGGUAUCAUGAUAGGACGUGUCGGUCUUUUGUGGGUGAACAAAAAGGCAAGUCUCUAUCCUAUUUAUAGCACACAACAUAGAUCCCCAAGGUCACAGGUUGGGGAACGUCGUGUCUUGUUCAUUUACGCCAUCUUGGCAAUUGGGCUGGAGCUAAUAGUAUGGCUGGUGCCUUCGAUCAUUGGUGGAGGCGUUGCGAUCUCCAUAAUUGGCAUAAUUUUUGGGCCGAUGUAUCCCAUCGCUAUGAUGCACGCAGUACGAAUUCUCCCUGAGUGGCUCGUCACAGGUAAUCUCAUCUGGAUAGCAGGCUUCGGGCAGGCAGGUUCUGCGUUCUUGCCAUUCUUAAACGGUGCCAUUGCAACGAAGAUGAGAAUCAAGAGUUUACAGCCAUUUCUCAUUUCGAUGAUGGUGUUAAUGAUCGUCUUAUGGGCUUUGAUGCCGGGAACUGCUAGGAGAAGUCAAUGA